UGUAUGUGUAUUUAACAACUUUUUAGUUUUGUUAUAUUAUUAUAUAUCUUUAAUUUUUUUUUUUUAUUAAAAUAAGCUAACUACUUGAGUUUAUCGCAGAGGUUGUUAACGACGACCGAAUACGGAGCAGCUAAUCAAAUAUUAGCCUCUAAUGUAGCACGAAAUUUAAAAAAUGUUAAAGCAAUAAAAAACCACGUAAAUAAAAUUUGUGAUACAAAUUGAAAUAAUAAAAUUACACGUAUAUUAUUUAUUUACAGAGAAAUACCCCGGGGGACAGGACCCCCCCCCCUCCGAGUAGACAUUAUUACACGUUGUAAAUAUUUAUGUAUUUAUAUAAUAUAAAAACAAAAUAAUGUUACGCGCUUUUUGAUCUUAGCUCGAGACAGGAUAUCUUUUUCUCAUUUUUACCUUAUUUGUGUUUCGCAUCACUGCCGCGAAGUUGCAGACAAAAUAGAUAUACAAUUUCUGCAUAAAAAUACAUGGAUACGAUUUAUUGAUCAAACGUACUCUUGCACGCGUGAGAAGACUUACUUAUUUUUUGCGCGCGAGAUAUUAGUAAACGGAGAGAACGUUAAUUAUUCUGAAAAAUCUAAACGCGGGGAUAUUCGAGAAAGCCGUUCUCUCUUCCCGAAAGAAUGGCAGAUCAGAUGGAAUACAUAAUACCGCCGUGGGAAAUCGAGGCCUUCGUGCAAAGCUUGAAUGUUUCAGACUUGGAGAACAUCGGUACCAAAAACUGGCUGGAGUUCCAUAAGAAACUGGCGUUGCUAAACCAGCAGAGUGUGCUUGAGAUAAUUGGACUGCGCGAGGAGAGCGUCAUGGAAUGGUUUAUCUCGUUAAAGAAAAUUCCUAUUCUUGUCUACGAAGCUAUACAAAUCGACAUAUGGAAGCAUAAGGUGUUUCCGCUUCUGAUUGAUCUCAAUGACGAGCCGACAAAUACAUUCAUGUUGUACAGUGUACUUUAUCACGAAGUUAUCGUGGUUUCGUUAUUGGAAAAUAUAUUAUUUCAUUGCGAAGGUGCGCAAACGGUGGACGACAUGGUGAUCGAUCUCAUCGAUUACACCGUUCAACGUGUAACGACGCUCCUUGAUGGAAAAACCAUAGAAAUAUAUGAGAAAUCUGAAAUCAAAGACGCCAAUUCUUGUUUGGAAGAAAUAGUGGAGAAGCAGAAGGCAUUCGAGUUCGACAUUGGGAUGCGGUGUAUCUCGAUUCUUCACUAUCUAAUUGAAAUUUUGGAUAGCUUACCCCUUUGCGCAGUUUCGCGUAUGCUGGCGAUCCACGACAUUCCGUACUUGUUGGCGCAGCUGAUAGAAAGUCAACCGUGGAAGAAACAAAAUGAGGAUGGUGAGGCGAUGACGUAUGAAGCCAGCUGGAGGAAAAUUAAGGCGAAUGAAAUUGGAAAAAUGAAUAAGAGAGAGGGACAGGUAUGGUUCGGUUUGCGAGAAUUACUUCUUAAUCCGAAAUGUUCUCCGUACUAUGAAAUCACAGAGCACAGGUUGUCCCAGCUAUCAAAGUUGCAAAGACAUUUGCAUGAAGAUGUACUCGAUCAAAUCGCUCCUUUAAUAGAACUUAAGAGAUGGUUAUCCUACUUAAACAUAUCGCCGGCGAUGCCAUCCUCAGACUCAACCUGCCCGGUUCGUGUGGAAGUUAUACCGCAGAUAAAGUCAACUAUUUUGGAAAAAUAUCAUAAAAAGUGGAAGAAAUUGGCUAGGCAUCAGUCCAAAUACCUAUUUACAACGGAUACGAGUUACAUCAAAGAUGCUGCGCAAAUUUUAAGCGACGUCUACGAUUUGGAGAAGUUAGAUCGUAUAGAAGCGAAAAAGUGUUCGUUAUGUCAUGAACCGUCUAAGAAACGAUGUUCCAGAUGCAAGGAAGCUUGGUAUUGCAGCAGAGAAUGUCAAGUGAAAGAUUGGGAAAAUCACAAGAAUAUUUGCAAUAUGACAACGGAAACUAAACAAUGAUAACAUAGAGUCUUCACUACUAAGAAUAUAUGUAUUCAUCUAUAUAAAAUAUAUCUCUUUAUAUGUUCUCUUUUAAAUUAUGUAAUAUUAUAAUCAUGGACAUAAAGGUUGCAACACUUUUCAGUGAGGAUAAUCUCAAUU